CAACUCUAUGCAUUCUUCUUGGCAGUGCUAAGCUAAAAGGUUGCUAACUGGAUACUGUCAUCAAUGUACCCUGAGGAAUCUUAGGCUUAUGGUUCUUAUCUCGGCGAUCUCUGGAUAACGACGGACACCUGAAUCGAAGCUGUGUGAUACCCAAAGGAGGAGCAUCUUUGCCCGUCUCCAAGUUUUUUUUUUCUCGUCAUGCUAAUGGAGCGAGUGUGGAUCAGACCUAGAGAAGCCAUCGUGGUUGAACUACAACUCUUCACCCCCCGGUCGACUUCACGUCUGUCCUAUCGUCGUCUCCCCCGCCUCAUCGACUGGCUCGUACUAUACCACUCUCGCUCGUCAACACAUGGGUGCUGCUGCAGUCAAUAUUCCACGAUUUUCCAGCCAUCAAAUAGACUGGCUGAAAGAGAGACUUCCUGCAUAUGUGUCGAGCUGCGAUGGUCGUCGAGGAGAGCCGCUGCGGUUCACCAAGGCCCAAGCCACCGCGUUUCUUGCUGCCUUCCCUGAUUACUUUGCCCUGGAAGCAGAGAUCCCGACAGAUCUCUGGAAGGCAUUGAGUAUCAAAAUUGAUACUUGGUUCAAGAACCACAAGCGAAUGAGGGGACAGCAGACAAUUAAGCUCGAAAUGAAAUCUCCGCGUCACCAGCCCACUGCAAUGCGAGCUCGGGAACUGAUGGCGGCUCAGAGAGACGAUAUCCCAUCGCUGGUAAGAGCCAAAGCAGAAGAACUGAACAAGCAUUCGCUUGGCACGAGAUCGAUCGUAACCAAACAGCUCUGGGAAGAGCUACCAGAUACCACCAAGGACGUGUUUAUGGCGGCUGCGCGCGCUGAGAGAGCCGAAGGAGUCAAUACGGAAUGCAGCCUGUCGGAAAGGGAAAAACAAGAACACAUUCUGAAGUUAGCUCGAACCGCAGCAUCAUUUAUCAGGUCCUUAAAGGAGAAGACGGGGUGGACCUUUCUACUGCUCGGUGGGGGACGUCAGUUCGGGAAAGGACUGGGCACCUUAGUGGUCGGAGAAGGUGAAACCUGCGAGACGAACCUUCGCUUUCAAGAGUAUCACGAGAACUGGGAGGGACAUGUCAAGCGGCCAUGGAUCGAAUUCGUAAAUGCGUUCGUAGGAGAGGAGAGGUCAUACGGCCGACGACUACCACUCAUUCCCAGGGCAUACGGAAUUCCCUGUUUACCUGAGGUUCAAAGGGAUUGGACUGAGACUGAUUACAGAACAAUGAUGCUAGGGUGGAUGGAGGCUGUUUGGGAGGACGAAGAUAUGGGGGGAGCUCCUGCGAUCUCCCAGCAGAAGCACCCGGAAGGCUUCCCCCUGGUGUUCACUCGAACGAUAUCAAAACUUGCAGUUUCAUUGCUUUGAUUGAAGCUUACGGAUACGUACGUGAGCAGCAACUUGCAAUUGGGGCAAACUACAGCUUUUUUGGCACCGGCUUGCUAAGGCAUAACACGGAAGCAUGGUAUGGGGAUGACAAUAACCUAGAAGACGAACUGCUCAACGACGAGGAUAUCGACAUACACGAAGAGGAUGUGUUCAUUGCGAAGUCAGCUGAAGCAGAAUCCCAGUCACUGCCAAUCAGCCGCACUGGUGGUAUUACAUAUCCUUCGCUGCCAGACUUUGAAGGACCACCUCCCGAUGACUCCCCAGCGUGCUUCACGCCGUCAAGCGACGCAGAACAACCGAUCGACACAGGGUCGAACGACAACAUGGUUGAGACCUGCGAGGAGGUUGUCUUCAGCAAACCUAAGUUCACGCGAUUAAUACAACACACUGGUCUGGCUGGCUUAUCGACGCUAUCCGAUGCUCGAAGGAUGCUGGGUGGGGCAGACCCAUCUGAAAUGGACCUCGGACGUCGUGUGAGGAAGCGUCGUUUCUUGGGUGAAGGGGAGGGAAUGGGGACCGUGCAAAAUGAAGAUGCUCCGAAAAGCAGUUUGAAGAAGAGCUCGGCGCGAGCGCAGCGUUAUGUCAAAGAAAAGACUCACAAAAUCAUUCGAAUACGCCAAACCAAAAGAGGACGCGCGGGGAAGAGACGUGAAAGUACUGAGCAGUAGAAAAGGUUUCUAGAUGAAAG